AAUCUCUCUCUAACCUCUGCCACUCACUCGCCGGCGAUUCGCCGCCGCCGGCAUUACAAUCUUCGUCUUCUUCCCCUGAAAGCUUCAACUUUAAUAAUGGGUUCUAAUACCUCUGCGUGUCUUUCCUCUAGUUCCGAUUAUCCAUCUUUAAACCUAAAAUUGGGAGAUAUUCCAGAGAGCUGCAUCUCUUUGAUUCUUACCCACUUAGACCCGCCGGAGAUCUGCCAAUUCGCAAGGCUUAAUUGCGCUUUCCACGGCGCCUCGUCUGCCGAUUUCAUCUGGGAGUUGAAGCUUCCGUCUAAUUAUCGAUAUAUCAUUGAGAAACUAUCCGACGAAGGAUUCGAACUAGACGGAUUGGGGAAGAAGGAGUUGUAUGGAAGACUGUGUAGGUUCAAUCCCUUUGAUGGCGGCACAAAGGAAGUUUGGUUGGAUAAGAAGACGGGUGGGGUUUGUUUGUUGAUAUCUUCAAAGGGUUUAUCAAUUACAGGAAUAGAUGACAGGAGGUACUGGAAUUACAUUGAAACCGAUGAAUCUAGGUUUGAGAGUGUUGCAUAUGUUCAACAGACAUGGUGGUUUGAAGUGGCCGGAGAAAUUGAGUUUAAAUUUCCAAAAGGAAACUAUAGUCUGUUCUUCAGGCUUCAUCUAGGGAAGAAGGUGAGUAAGAAGAGGCUAGGAGGAGGAGGAAGACGUGUCUGUAACAUGGAACACGUUCAUGGCUGGGACAUAAAGCCGGUGAAACUUGAGGUGAAAACCGGCGACGGACAAGAAACAGUUUCGAUGCGUUUUUUAGAUGAUCCAGGAAACUGGGUUCGUUACCAUGCCGGCGAUUUCAUAGUGGGUCGGUCUGAUCAGAUGACAAAGAUCAAGUUUUGGUUGAGACAGAUUGACUGUACUCAUACUAAAGGUGGACUUUGUGUCGACUCUGUUCUCAUUUGCCCCACCACCUAUUAUUAAAAAAAACAGAUCUUUAUGUAAUCAUAAUAAUUUAGUCUUCAUAUUCAUAACCUUAAAUUUCUA